AUUUGGACUGGGAGAUAUUUUGGUCCUGUUCCGGGUUCAAAUUGUUCCCGGGAGAGCUUUUGACCUGGGAGCGACUUGACACAACACCGGGCCGAAUCAAGGAGGCUUUCUCGCCAAUCCUGGAGCCGAACCCAAGUCAGGCGAACUUGUUGUUUGGCGAGGUGAGGAUAGACACACAGGAUUUGAUUAGCGACUUUAUUGUAACAGUCGGCGAUGCUUGCUCCUUCAUUUCUUUUGACAUGAAGUGCUGAAGUUAUCUGCUACAUAGGAAGGUUUGACAAACUUGGGGGCCUGGUGAGAAUCCGGGGUUUGGGUACUGGACCUAAUGCGUCAGACCAAAUGCACCGCCAGCCUAGUGUGAAUACACCAGCUUUGAUAUUGCUGUGUUGUUUCUUCAACCAUGGAUUUUUCAGGAGUUCAGUUUGGGGAUGAAAUGUUAGGAUACAAUGAAAGCAACACAUUCAGUGAAGAUAGUUCAGCAUAUGCAGAAAUGUAUCCUGGAGAAGCAGGGGAACCUUUUUCAGCUGGAGGAGAGUUUGCCCAUGACAGUCAAGUUGGAGAGUUCAUGAGUGGUGGGGAGUUCCAGGAAAGUCAGUCUGUGUUGGUUGAUGGAGGGGAUCGAUUUGGUGUGUCAGCUGUUAUAGUUGACCGGAAAGAAGAACUAGUUUGGAUGGGGAAUUCUGGGGGGCACGUUACUUCAUACCUCAGCACAGACCUGAUGAAAUAUACAUCUUUCCAAGUACAUGCUACUGAAGAAAUUCGAGACUUGAGAUCAGUUGACCAAGGAAUACUUGCGUUGACCCCAACUUCACUCAACCUGCGUACGAGACAGGGAAUGCCAUCCUUCACCCAUCAAUCAGCUCAACUAGAAAACAUGCAGUGCAUGCUUCAGUUGGGUGGCAAUUUUUCUCAUCGCCUGCUCUUGGGAGGACACCAGGGAUCAAUGGUUGAGUUUGAUCUCACACAAGGAAAACAGACAAGAUGUCUCCAAGUUGGAGAGCAAGGUUGUGUAAUUCUGCGUGACCAUCCGAGGUUUGUGUGCCAUGGUGAUCUCACAGGUAGAAUUGUCCUUCAUGAUCCUCGGACACUGCGUCAGGAGCAUUGCUUUCAGGCUCACACUGGGAGCCUCUCAGAUUUCGACGUUCUAGGGAAUUACAUUGCUACAUGUGGUUUCUCAAACAGAAUGGGUCAGCUAUUGGGUGAUCAGUUUGUGAUGGUGUUUGAUCUUCGAAUGAUGAAGCUUUCCUUGCCUCUGCGUGCUCUGGUACCUCCAUUGCUCCUGAGAUUUGUGCCAGGGCUGUCCUCAUGUCUGGCUGUAGUGUCUCCUGUUGGACAGUGGCAGCUGAUGGAUGCUGGUCAGCCAGAUAAUGCCAUCAUGAGUAUGAACUAUCAGGUGAGCUGUGUACCAGAAAGUGUUAUCACUUCCUUUGAUGUAGCAUCAUCCUCCCAGGCAGUAGUGUUUGGAGACAGCCUGGGAUCCCUGCACCUCUUCACCUCAGGCAGUAAACCUACAUUCAAUAACUUCUCGCAGGAAACUAUUAUGAUUGACAUGCAAGAUACAACCCAGACUAUGCCCUUGACUGACAACACCUCAUCUCUUGCUUCAAUCCCGGUGUACUUUCCGUCAAAUCCCCUGUUGUCUGAUUGGCCGGAACAAUACAUGAAAGUUCGCUACAGACCAACUCCUCCAGUUGAUCCAGCAAUUUUGCAGAGCAUGAAGAUUGUGGGAUCAAUUGGUUAUGCUCCAAAUCUUUACAACAAAAAAAGAAACCAGGUUCCAUACAAAUUCAGUCGAACAAAAGGGCAAAAGUCUGCUGCAGGUGAACUCCCUCAAGGAAAGAAUGAACAAGGCAUGGCUGUUCAUGUUCCGUGGAGGUACAGGAGGAUAGAAAUAAAGUAUGGCAAACAUGGUAUGGAUGAUUUUGACUAUGACCAGUAUAACCGAACAAGUUUCUCUGGUCUAGACAUGUCCCUGCCCAAUUCCUACUGUAACCCCAUGCUUCAAAUGUUUUAUUAUAUAGCUCCAUUGCGUGCUCUCAUGAUGUCCCAUCUGUGUGAACGAGAAUUCUGCCUGGUCUGUGAGUUAGGUUUCCUGUUCCAUAUGCUGGAUGUCAGCAUGGGCCAAGGCACACCCUGUCAUGCAUCCAACUUUCUGCGAGCAUUCAGAACUAUCCCUGAGGCGUCUGCAAUGAGUCUUACACUUUCUGAUCAGGACAAUCGAGCAAAGAUAAAUUUUCUUUCAAAAAUACAGAGCUGGAAUAGGUUUGUUUUGCAACAGCUGCAUUCAGAAACACUUGAAGAAAAGGUGGAUCACUCCUGCCCUGAGAAGUAUGAAGAAAAGGUGUUGCAAGUGACUGACACCAGUAAUGAGGAAAAGGCUGCAAAAAGUGAAAAGACUUACAGCACUGAGAGGCAAGAUAAGCGAGAACAUUCACCAGUGUCUUCCAUUUUUGGUGCACAUGUUGUCAGCAUCAACAAAUGCACCAAAUGUAGCUUUGAAAUCCACAAAGAAACCACAUCACUCCUUGUGAAUUUGGCAUUUCCUGAGGUUAUUGAUGGCAGGUGCUCAUUUGCAUCAGUGGUUGAAAGAAGCCUAAGCCUGGAGCAGACAAGGCAGGCAUGGUGUGAUUCAUGCACAAGGUAUCAACCUAUUGAACAGAGCCGACGCUACAAAACUCUGCCCAAAACUUUGGCCAUGAAUUGUGGUCUAGAUAGUUCUCAGGAUGUUAAAUUCUGGAAACACCAGUUUGAGCUGAUGUUGACAGAGAUUCGUGACAAAAAGAAGGAGGAAGAAAAGAAGGCUGCAGAAGCUAAGCAAGGAAGUGUUGAUAAAGAAAAUAAUAAAACUAGUGAGAAAACAGCUCCAUCUUUAGCAACAGGAAGCCCUUCAACACCCUCCAAGAGAUAUCCUGAUAGUUCCACUCCACAGCCCUCCCCUGCCAGGCCCUGUAGGUAUGGACUUGCCUGCACACGCCAUGACUGCAGGUUCUGGCAUCCAGGUCGAGACAGCAAUGAAGAAAUGGGGCCUCUCCCUGCUCUUAGCCUGCUGGACCAAACCAUGGAGUACUCUUGGGUUCCCUUAGGAAUGAAGGCUAAGCUUAAUGAGGAUGGCACAGUUUCUUUCUCAGAGCUCACCAAAACUGAGCUUGAGACUGCUGUAGAUGAUGAGGAUGGUGUGGUGUAUGAGUUGGUGGGUGUGGUGUCACAUGUGGCAGAUCCUCGCUUCCCAGACAAGAACAAUUUGGUGGCAUGCAUCAGAGUUGGCCCCAGUUACCAUGUGCGGGCAAAGGUCUCCUCUGUCUCUCAUUGGUACCUCUUUAAUGAUAUAAGCAUUCAGCCAAUAACAGCAGAAGAAGCAGUUUGGUUUCCCUGUGGCUGGAAAACCCCUUGUGUGUUGUACUGGCAGCGAAAGAAGUUUCAUACAGAAUUUCAGAAAGCAGAACCCACCAAGCCCAUUACUGCUGAUGUGUUUGGAGAAGACAAGUCCUUGGCACAGAGGGGUCGAAAGAGGAUAACUUUCACACCACUCACAGCCGAUGAAAUGCCUGGGGAAGGUGAUCUGGUUGCCAUGGAUGCAGAGUUUGUAAACCUACAUCAGGAGGAAGCUGAGAUCCGUAGUGAUGGCACACGCACCACCAUUAAGCCUUCACACAAGUCUGUUGCCAGAAUCACCUGUAUCCGAGGACAAGGUCCAUUGGAAGGCACACCGUUCAUGGAUGACUACAUCUCCACACAGGAACAGGUGGUAGACUACCUCACACAGUUCUCAGGUAUCAAACCAGGAGACCUUGAUGCAAACUUCUCACAGAAGCAUUUAACUACACUGAAAUCCACCUAUGUCAAACUUCGCUACUUGGUUGACAAGGGUGUGAAGUUUGUGGGACAUGGCUUGAAGAAUGAUUUCAGAGUAAUCAACAUGACUGUUCCCAUGGCUCAACUGAUAGACACAGUGCACCUCUUCCACAUGUCCCACAACCGCAUGGUGUCUCUCAAGUUUCUUGCUUGGCAUUUCCUGAAACUCAAGAUCCAGAGUGUCACCCAUGACAGUAUUGAGGAUGCCAGGACAGCUCUUGCACUCUACCAGAAGUACUGUGAACUGAAAGCUGAAGGAGACCUGGUGAUGGAGCUGCAAAAACUGUAUGAAGCUGGUAAGAAGGCUCAGUGGAGGGUUCCUGGCGAAGAAGAAGAUGAGUAGAAUGGAGCAAUUUGGAAUGAGUGAGGGACAUUCCACAUGGUGUUUUAGGUACAGUGUGGUAUUGACAGAAGAUGAAGCAGUUGUGGUAUUCAUACCUAAUGCAUCAACAUAAAUGUACAAAUAUUUAUUUUAGAUUUCUUUUUUUAUUAAUGGAUAAUGUUUGUAUGUUUGAAUUUUUUAUUUUGUUGUCCCUUGUAUGUGGGAAAAUUACUUAUUAGUUUUUAUUUAUUUAUUUUUUUAUAUAAGGUAAGAGGGAUAUCUCACAAGUCAUCAGUUUAUGUUGACAUAUCAUAAAAAGGAAUAUAAAUUUGAGUAUCUUUUAAGAUACAGGCUCACAACCACUGAUAUAAAUAUUUUGAAAACUGUGAUGGCUGAAAAUAUUUUGCAAGAAAAUGCUCAUUCAUAAACUUGGUAAAAGUGUGUGUGUGUGUGUGUGUGUGUGUGUCUCAGUAAUAUGAAAAAUGGUGCAAUAAUUUCAUCCAAUUAUUAAAUCAUAUGUUGGUUGUAAACGCAGAUAGUGGAACUGUUUAUGGUUAUUUUAGCUAAGUCUCUCAUGACUCAUAUUUGAGUAAAUUAUACGUUAGUGUUCUUUGGAGAUGUUCAUUGGUAGUCAGUACUGUAUUUAUUUUAAUGGCAAUGGGCAGUGAGUGGUUUUCAUCACAGGUUAUCUGUUUAUUGAUUGGUUUGUGUGUGUGUGUGUACAUACAUAUAUAUAUAUAUAUAUAUAUAUAUAUAUAUAUAUAUAUAUAUAUAUAUAUAUAUAUAUAUAUAUAUAUAUAUAUAUAUAUAUACAUACACACACACACACACACACACACACACACACACACACACACACACACACACACACACACAAGUAUAUGUUAUGCAUGUUACAAAAAUAAAAUGUAAAAUGGUCUAGUACUGCAGACUAUAUUUUUUAGCAUUUUCUAUAUAGUAAUCUGUAAAUAACAUAUUUUAUAUAAAGAAUUAACACAAAAAUGUGAUCUGUGAACAAGGGAGAGGUAUGUACUUAAUGUUUAAAGUUUUAUUUUUACUAUUGAUCCUUUGUAAAUGAAAAAAUAAAGAUCAAGUCCA